GUACCCCAAUCGCAGCGGUGGCCUCAUUGCAGCGUCUACUAUCGCCUGCCUCACAUACAUCUGCCCUGAUCUCUAUCCUGCAUAAUGGCACCCUCCAAGAAGGCGGGCAAGAAGGGCGUAGCUGCCGCGCCGAAGAAGGGCGGGGCGAGCAAGGUCGCUAAGGCCGACUGGAAGGAGGGCUUCAAGAAGAAGCAGGUCGGCGUGUCCGAUAUGACCCUCCUCACCACCAUCACGAACGAGAGCAUCAACGAGAAUCUCGAGAAACGGUGGAAGAACGGCGAGAUCUAUACCUACAUCGGCUCGGUGCUCAUCUCUGUCAAUCCCUUCCGAGAUCUGGGCAUCUACACGGACGAGGUGCUCCAGAAGUACAAGGGCAAGAAUAGGCUGGAGGUUCCACCGCACGUGUUCGCGAUUGCAGAGAGCGCGUACUAUAACAUGAAUGCGUACCACGAGAACCAGUGCGUGAUUAUCUCCGGAGAAUCUGGUGCGGGCAAGACCGAGGCAGCGAAGCGAAUCAUGCAGUAUAUCGCUGCUGUGUCCGGAGGGCAGGACAGCAGCAUCCAGGAGAUCAAGGACAUGGUGCUCGCCACCAAUCCGCUACUGGAGAGCUUCGGAUGCGCAAAGACGUUGAGGAAUAACAACUCCAGUCGACAUGGAAAGUACUUGGAGAUCAUGUUCAACGACCACGGAGAGCCGAUUGGUGCUCAGAUCACCAAUUACCUUCUAGAGAAAGGUCGUGUGGUGGGUCAAGUGGAGAACGAGCGGAAUUUCCACAUAUUCUACCAAUUCACGAAGGCAGCCUCGGAUGCGCAGCGAGAGGCAUAUGGGCUACAGGGUCCGGAGGCGUACGCGUACACAAGUCUGAGCAACUGUCUCGACGUCCCUGGUAUCGAUGACACACAAGACUUUGCUGAGACGAUUAAAGCGAUGCAAGUCAUCGGUCUGAGCGACUAUGAGCAGAGCGAGAUCUUCCGAAUGCUCGCCGUGAUCCUCUGGCUCGGAAAUGUCCAGUACAGCGAGAAGGACGACGGCAAUGCUGACGUCGCAGACACUAGCGUGACGGACUUCGUUGCGUACCUGCUUGAGGUGGAUGCCGCCCUGGUGCAGAAGGCGAUGACUAGCCGAACUAUGGAGACCCAACGCGGCGGUCGUCGUGGUUCUGUGUAUGAUGUGCCUUUGAACCCCGCCCAGGCUAGUUCAGGUCGUGACGCCUUGGCAAAGGCUAUCUACAACAACUUGUUCGAAUGGAUCGUGUCGAAGAUUAACGUCUCGAUGAAGGCUCGCCAAGCUACUGCCCAGUUGAUUGGCAUUCUUGAUAUCUUCGGUUUCGAGAUCUUCGAGGACAACUCAUUCGAGCAGCUCUGCAUCAACUACGUUAACGAGAAGCUCCAGCAGAUCUUCAUCGAGCUCACCCUCAAGACCGAGCAGGAGGAGUACGUCCGCGAGCAGAUCAAGUGGACGCCCAUCAAGUACUUCAACAACAAGAUCGUUUGCGACCUCAUCGAGGAGCGGCGUCCACCCGGUAUCUUUGCUGCGCUCAAUGAUGCUUGCGCGACUGCCCACGCCGACCCCACCGCUGCCGACAACUCCUUCAUCCAGCGUACAGCGGCGCUUGCGAGUAACCCGCACUUCGAGGCCCGUGGUGCGCAGUUCUUGGUCAAGCACUAUGCCGGUGAUGUGAUGUACAACGUGGCUGGUAUGACGGAUAAGAACAAGGAUCUGCUCGUGAAGGAUCUGCUGGACCUCAUUGGCACUAGCGGAAACCAGUUCUUGCAAGGUCUCUUCCCGGACCGUCCGGACCCCAACAGCAAGAAGCGGCCUCCGACUGCCAGCGACAGGAUCAAGGCCUCUGCGGGAGCUUUGGUCGACAACCUCAUGCGCGCGCAACCCUCGUAUAUCCGUACCAUCAAGCCGAACCAGAACCGGAGUUCUACCGAAUACGACACCAAGGCUGUCCUGCAUCAGGUCAAGUAUCUCGGUCUCCAAGAGAACAUCCGCGUUCGUCGUGCGGGUUUCGCGUAUCGGAACACAUUCGAGAAGAUGGUAGAGCGCUUCUACUUGCUCUCUCCGGCAACCUCGUACGCGGGCGACUACAUCUGGCAAGGCGACUCAAAGUCAGGCUGCGAGCGGAUCCUCACUGACACGGGUAUCGCGCGCGAGGAGUGGCAGAUGGGUGUAUCGAAGGCGUUCAUUAAGAACCCCGAGACGCUCUUCGCCCUCGAGACGAUGCGUGAUCGCUACUGGCACAAUAUGGCCGGUCGUAUUCAACGUGCUUGGCGCAACUACAUGCGCUACAAGCACGAGUGUGCCCGCCGCAUCCAGCGCUUCUGGAAAAACAACAAGGAGAGCAUCGAGUACGCUAAGAUCCGCGACUAUGGACACCAGAUCCUUGCUGGCCGAAAGGAGCGUAGGCGAUUCAGUUUGCUGGGGUACCGUCGCUUCAUGGGAGAUUACCUGGACCUCAAUGGGAAGAGCGCGUUGGGCGAAGAGCUCAUUGAGGCCUGCGGGUUGGGAAGAGAUCAGGUAACAUUCAGUAGCCGUGGGCAGAUUCUCGUCUCGAAACUUGGUCGCUCGAGUAAACCUAGCCCUCGGUUCCUCAUCUUGACCGAUAAAGCGUUCUAUAUUGCUGUAACGACAGCGAAGGAUGGUCAGACUGUCACCACACUAGAACGGAAGAUCAACCUCGUAACGAUAAAGAGCGUCUCAAUGUCCAUCCUGAGGGAUGAUUGGCUUGUUCUCAACCUGGGACCCACGGAAGAGGGCGACCCAAUCCUCAGCUGUGUCUUCAAGACGGAGUUAGUCACGCACAUGCUUCGCUUGACACAGGGUAGCAUCAGUGUCCUCAUCGGUCCGACCAUCGAAUACAACAAGAAGAAAGAGAAGAAGGCGCAAAUCAAGUUCGUUAAGGACGAGACCGUUCCCAGGAAUGACACCUACAAGAGUCAUACAGUACAUGUACCUUCCGGCGAGCCGCCCUCAAGCCUGUCACGGCCGAUGCCAAAGAAGAAAGAGGGCGUCGUUCGGCCAAUCACCCAAGGCAAGCUCUUGCGGAAAGGCGGACCAUCGGCUAAACCUGCAGCUUCUCGCCCGAAGCCCGCAUCGCAGCCGUUGCCCGGAAAGUCUACUGCUGCGCCAACACCCAAGCCACCGGCCGCCACUUCAACAGCUUCGUCGGCAGCACCUCGCGCCCCUCCGCCACCACCAGCUCGAGCUGCGGCACCUCCUCCACCGCCACCUGAACCUGAUGUUGAGCUUUACAAGGCGAAGUAUGCAUUUGAGGGCCAGGAGGGCGAGAUGACGCUGAAGAAGGAUGACAUCGUCGAGCUGGUCGAGAAAGAUGACAACGGCUGGUGGCUCGUCAAGAAGGAUGGUGCCGAGGGCUGGGCACCGCACAACUAUCUCGAGCUGGUCCCUCCCAAGCCAAAGGCCGUGGCGCCUCCGCCGCCGCCUCCACCUCCACCAGCGGCCAAGCGUCCGACUCCAUCCGCCCCUGCAGCGCCUGCAGCUUCAGCAGCUCCGAAGAUAGGACUGAAAUCCGUAUCUGCCGACCCUUCAGCGAAGCCUGUCGCAGUCUUCCCGGGGAUAGGGCCCGCCAAUGGAUCUGCUGCGCCCUGGAAACGCACCGCCUCCACUGCCACCGCCGAGUCGUCGAACGGCAGCACUCCCGCGUCGUCAAGACCGGCGAGUUCAGCCGCAGCAAAGCCACCUCUCGCAACGAAGCCCAAGCCCCCUCCGCCAGUAGCUGCCAAGCCCUCCAUUGGGGCUCCUCCGCCGAAGGUCGGCGCCAAGCCUCCUGUGCCCGCUGCGCCCCGUCCCGGAGGGGCUGCACCGAAGCCCAAGGUCGGAGGCGUCGGAAAGCCGGCGGCGGUCGGAGGCCAGAUGGAUCUUGCUGCUGCACUCGCCAAGCGAGCACAGCGUAUAGCAGAUGAGGAGUAACCGGACUUCUGCACCUGUCGAAUAAGAUAGAGAUCGUCUAUACCACGCGGCUGAUUGUGCGAAGGCGAGCAGGCUUCAUGACAUUCAUGGUGCUGUACAUAUAUGUAAGGAAUAAGGCAGGCCGGUACCUAUGCGAUAAGUGUGUAUGCUCGAGAAUGAAAUGUAU